AUGUAUGUGUGCCGUCGGCGGACGCGCAGCAGCAGGCUGAGACUACAUGCCCACUGCACCUCCUGUUGCAGUAGACGCUGCAGGGCACCAGAGGAGAGCGGCAUGUGCUGCCCGCUGGUCCCAUGUUGUCUGCAUUGUGGGGCGGUCUUCCACCUGUGCAAAGAGGAGGAGCACCUGUUGCUGUGCCCCAACGUCAACGCCCCCUGCCUCAACGCCGCCUACGGUUGCCCCGCCCACGUCAGACGCUCCCAGCAGGCGGCCCACCUGCAGGUGUGUCCCGCCAGCGUGGUGGUUUGCAGCAUGGAGUGGAACCGAUGGCCCACUAACGACGCACACUCACACCCCAACCCAGAACUGCACUGGAACCUGCUGAAGGAGCACCAGCAGGGGGUAGGCCAGGACCCAGACCUGGACCUGGCCUUGGCCCUGAAAGACCAGGACAAUUUGUUCCACUCACUGAAGAUGAGGAAGCUUUUUCCUGAACUGACACGUAGCGUUGGCGAGGAAGAGGAAGAGGAGAGGAGGAAGGAGAGGGAGAGGAAGAAGGAGGAGGAGGAGGAGAAGAGGAAGACCGCCAAGAAGGAGGCAUCAGGAAAGACUUGGGAGUCUUUCGUCACCUUCGACCUCAACACUCCACCUGAGAAGGAAGAUGAGGAUGAUGAGGAAGAAGAGGAGCUCACACAGGAGGAGAGGGAGGCUCUGGCCAGGGGGGGUAUGGGCGUGAGUGACGCCCUGCUGGAGAACUACAACGCAUGGGAGAGCAUGUUUAGCAUGGCCAUGGGGGGCUGCAGAGAGGCCCGAGAGACGGCAGCGACAGACAGGGGCCACCACCAGGCAGCAGGUGGGGCCAAGAGGCUGGGUGCCACCAUGGCGGGGGAGACAGCCGGCACCUGCACACAGAAGGGCUUUGACUGGGGGGGGGCCUCCUUGUACCGCCCGCCCAGGAAGAAUAACUUUGAGUACGGACACCUGGAACCCAUGAAGAUUAUCACCGUGAGGACCUUCAAGGUUCCUAGCAGCUUUUCCGCAAAGCAGAGUCGCAUCCGCAACCCAGGGUUCUACAAGCGGGAAAGCAAGGCCGUGAGGUAGGCCGACACCUGCGACCUGGGGGGGUUGCCAGAGGACAUGCCCAUCUGGGAGGAGGUUCAGGCCUCCUUGCUGUGCUCGCUGGAGAAUGAGCAGCGAGGUCACCUGAUCGCAGAGAAGGUGUGUACGGAUGGUCUCCUGCAGGAUGAGGGCACGCAGACGUACAACUUCCUUUCAGCUCCUUUCGGUAGGAACACAUCGCUGGGAGACCUGAUGGCCAAGAAGACGGCAGAGCUCCACCUCCAACUGCAGGUGGAGAGUGUGAGCAGCCGCCACCACAAAGCCAGCUCCGCCUUCACCUCGCUGUGUGGACACGCCUUCCAGAGGAGGGAAUAUGCUGCACAUUACAAAAACGUGCACAGCGACAUCCAGAUGUGCGUGAAUGGCUGGUUCCAGCAGAGAUGUCCGCUGGCGUAUUUGGGCUGCACCUUCAGCCAGAAGAGGUUCAGACCAUCUAGUCAGGAGGCCAGCGUCAUCUUCACGGAGGAUCUGGGCUGCUUCCAGCUGCGUCCCACCAUCCCACCCGUUGGAUCUCCCUACAAUUCCUCAGGCGGACCCACUCUGAGCUUGCUGCCAUACGAAGUCCUGUGUCAUAUAGCCAGCUUCUUGGACAGCCUGUCCCUGUCCCAGCUGGCUCUGGUGUCCCGCCUCAUGAGACAGGUGUGCUCCUCUCUGCUGCCGGUCCGAGGGAUGGUCACGCUGCGCUGGCAGAGGACGUCCGGCCCUCAGGGUAGGGUCAGUUGGAAGGCUGAGCAGAAGGUGUGGCACUUCAGCACAGCCUUCUCUCCCGUGGACAAUUGGUGCUUCCGGGACGUUCCGUCCAUGUCAGAGCAUCUGAGGGUGUGUUCUUACUACGAGCGAGACUCCAGGCUAGAGCAGGUGAAGCUGCCACCCCUUGAACAAAAGUGA